CGGCUGUCUCUCUCCAGCCAGACCCCGCCCGAAGGUGCCGAGCACCCCCGCUCCAGCCCUUGCGCUCCCACCUGAGCCGGCGCCAUGGCGGAGCAGGAGAGCCUUGAGUUCGGCAAGGCGGACUUCGUGCUGAUGGACACUGUCUCCAUGCCCGAGUUCAUGGCCAACCUUAGGCUCAGAUUUGAGAAAGGACGCAUCUACACAUUCAUUGGAGAAGUGGUUGUUUCUGUGAACCCGUACAAGGUGCUGAACAUCUAUGGCAGGGACACAGUCGAGCAGUACAAAGGCCGUGAGCUAUAUGAGAGACCUCCUCAUCUCUUUGCUAUUGCUGACGCUGCUUACAAGGCUAUGAAGAGGCGAUCAAAAGACACCUGUAUUAUGAUAUCAGGGGAAAGUGGAGCUGGUAAAACAGAGGCCAGUAAGUACAUCAUGCAGUAUAUCGCCGCCAUCACCAAUCCCAGCCAGAGAGCAGAGAUAGAAAGAGUGAAGAAUAUGUUGCUGAAGUCAAACUGCGUUUUGGAAGCUUUUGGAAAUGCCAAAACUAAUCGUAACGACAAUUCCAGCAGAUUUGGGAAAUACAUGGAUAUCAACUUUGACUUCAAAGGAGACCCCAUUGGGGGACAUAUUAAUAACUACUUGCUGGAAAAGUCUCGUGUGAUUGUGCAACAACCUGGAGAACGAAGCUUCCAUUCUUUCUAUCAGCUACUCCAGGGAGGUUCUGAGCAGAUGCUACACUCUCUACACCUACAGAAAUCACUCUCAUCCUACAACUACAUCCGUGUGGGGGCACAACUGAAGUCUUCCAUCAAUGAUGCUGCAGAGUUCAAAGUCGUAGCUGAUGCCAUGAAAGUAAUUGGAUUCAAACCUGAGGAGAUUCAAACAGUGUAUAAAAUUUUGGCUGCUAUUCUUCACUUGGGAAAUUUAAAAUUUAUAGUAGAUGGUGACACACCGCUUAUUGAGAAUGGCAAGGUUGUGUCUGUCAUAGCAGAACUGCUCUCUACUAAGGCAGACAUGGUGGAGAAAGCCCUGCUUUACCGGACGGUGGCCACAGGCCGUGACAUCAUCGACAAACAGCACACGGAACAGGAGGCUAGCUACGGCAGAGAUGCCUUUGCCAAGGCAAUAUAUGAACGCCUCUUUUGUUGGAUUGUUACUCGCAUCAAUGACAUCAUUGAGGUCAAGAACUACGACACCACGAUACAUGGGAAAAACACAGUUAUUGGUGUCUUGGAUAUCUAUGGCUUUGAAAUCUUUGACAACAACAGCUUUGAGCAGUUCUGCAUUAACUACUGCAACGAGAAACUGCAGCAGCUCUUCAUUCAGCUGGUGCUGAAGCAGGAGCAAGAGGAGUACCAGCGGGAAGGCAUCCCUUGGAAACACAUUGAUUACUUCAACAACCAGAUCAUUGUGGACCUCGUGGAGCAGCAGCACAAAGGCAUCAUUGCAAUCCUGGAUGACGCUUGUAUGAAUGUUGGCAAAGUCACUGAUGGAAUGUUCCUUGAGGCCCUUAACAGUAAAUUGGGCAAACAUGGUCAUUUCUCCAGCCGAAAGACCUGUGCCUCAGACAAAAUCUUGGAGUUUGAUCGGGACUUUCGAAUCCGGCAUUAUGCAGGUGACGUGGUCUAUUCUGCCAUCGGUUUUAUUGACAAAAAUAAAGAUACUUUAUUUCAAGAUUUCAAGCGCCUCAUGUAUAACAGCUCAAAUCCUGUGCUGAAGAACAUGUGGCCUGAAGGCAAGCUGAGCAUUACAGAGGUGACCAAGAGGCCUCUGACUGCUGCCACCUUGUUUAAGAAUUCCAUGAUUGCUUUAGUAGACAACCUUGCUUCAAAGGAACCAUACUACGUACGUUGCAUCAAACCCAACGACAAGAAGUCCCCACAGAUAUUUGAUGAUGAGCGCUGCCGCCAUCAGGUAGAAUACCUGGGCCUACUGGAGAAUGUGAGAGUGCGCCGGGCAGGGUUUGCCUUCCGCCAGACCUAUGAGAAGUUUCUUCACAGGUACAAGAUGAUCUCUGAGUUCACCUGGCCUAACCAUGACCUUCCUUCAGACAAAGAGGCUGUCCGGAAACUCAUAGAGCGAUGUGGCUUUCAGGAUGACGUGGCUUAUGGGAAGACCAAGAUUUUCAUUCGAACACCCCGUACACUGUUCACCUUGGAAGAACUCCGCGCCCAAAUGCUCGUCAGGGUUGUCCUCUUCCUACAAAAGGUGUGGCGUGGCACCCUGGCCCGCAUGCGGUACAAGAGGACCAAGGCAGCCCUGACAAUAAUCAGGUACUACCGGCGCUAUAAAGUAAAGUCAUACAUCCAUGAGGUAGCCAGACGAUUCCACGGUGUCAAGAACAUGAGAGACUAUGGGAAGCAUGUGAAGUGGCCAACCCCACCAAAAGUCCUGCGGCGUUUUGAAGAGGCCCUGCAGUCAAUUUUUAAUAGAUGGAGAGCAUCCCAACUCAUCAAGACCAUACCUGCAUCAGACCUUCCCCAGGUCAGGGCAAAGGUUGCAGCCAUGGAGAUGUUGAAAGGUCAAAGGGCAGACCUUGGACUCCAGAGGGCCUGGGAAGGCAACUAUCUUGCUUCGAAGCCAGAUACACCUCAGACCUCAGGCACUUUUGUCCCAGUUGCUAAUGAACUGAAACGCAAGGACAAAUAUAUGAACGUUCUCUUUUCCUGUCAUGUCCGAAAGGUGAAUCGAUUUAGUAAGGUAGAAGACCGAGCAAUUUUUGUCACUGACCGUCACCUGUAUAAAAUGGACCCCACUAAGCAGUACAAGGUGAUGAAAACUAUCCCACUGUACAAUUUGACUGGUCUGAGUGUCUCCAAUGGGAAGGACCAGCUUGUAGUGUUCCAUACAAAAGACAACAAAGACCUCAUUGUCUGCCUCUUCAGCAAACAGCCAACCCAUGAAAGUCGCAUUGGAGAACUUGUUGGAGUCCUGGUGAAUCAUUUCAAGAGUGAGAAGCGCCACCUUCAAGUGAACGUCACCAACCCGGUGCAGUGCAGCCUGCAUGGGAAGAAAUGCACCGUAUCUGUGGAGACCCGGGUCAAUCAGCCACAGCCCGACUUCACCAAGAACCGCUCCGGCUUCAUCCUCAGUGUGCCUGGGAACUGACUGCUGCACAUCCGAGGCCUGGCCCAGGGGGGCAAGAGCCUGAGCCUGGCACAAGGCAGGCCAGGCCCUCGGCCUCCUCAUCCCACACGCGUUCCACCUCGCUCAGCAUCCUGGGAGCUCAGCUAAUUGCUGUUUGCCCUCUAAUGCCACUUGAAAUCAGCUUGCAAGGCCUCCGCUGGGCAGGGCUCCUCUGCCUUCUCCAUGGCCCUGCCCAUGAGCUGUCCUACCUGGCUUUCUACCUCUGCCUCUGCUCUCUCAACUUUCCAUACCCCUGCUCAGGAAACCAAAGACCCUCUUCAGCCUCCUGGGCUGACAGCUAGACCACUUCCCACCUCACAAGCAACUGGAGAGUACCUGUAGUUGACAAAAGGCCAGUGGCCACUGCUGACCCCAGCACAGGGAUGAGAGGCAUGGAGCCCAGGAUGCAGUUUCUGGAGCCAAAGCAACAUUAUCCUAGAGGUUUGGAUCCAGCUUCCAUGAGCAGAGGACUUAGUUCUUCUCUAUGACCCCUACCUGAUGCCUCCUUCCCCAACAUGGUUACAACCCUUGGGGCCUAGCUCAGAGCCCCUCAGCACAAGCCCUACCCCCAGCAGCCAGCCAAAGCCACCAGGUGAGCAGGUUCAUCUGCGGAGCCCAUCCUUCAGCCAUGCUCAGCCAGGAUCCCUCCUUCCCAGAGCCUGUCCCUGGGAGAUCUUUUGCCACCAACGUUUUAGCCCUGGACUUUCUAACCACUUCUCUCAGAGACACCCUGCUGCUACUCCAAGGACUAGUUUGCUUAACUCACAGCCCAUGCCCACUGUCAUCGAACCUUCUUUCUUGCAGGUUGCCAGGUUGCUAAUCUGAUGUCCCCUCUGCUGUAAACACAGGGUCAGGACCUAGUGAGGAGGUGCAAGAAGAAGGCCAUGCUUGGCGUGCCCGUUCCCCUAACCCUCUGGCUUCGCCUUCUCCUCACUGGAGACCUGGACCUCUCAGAGAGCCAAAGCACACAGGACCCGGUGGUGGGAGGUGAAGCAAAGCUGCAGCAAAGAGCGUGGAGUCCUGGCACUGCGGGCCAGGCCAGGGUGCCCACUGACGCCACAUACCUGCCUGCUGGAGCCUGGCCUUAGCCCCUACCCCCACCCCCAGCCUCAGCUGUUGAGGAUAAGGAGGCCUAUGGGCGGCACAGGCUUGCUGUGGGGAAGCCUAACAUGGAAGGCUUGUAAGAGGCGAGCUGGGGGAGAGAGCUGGGAGAGCGAGCUGGGGGGCUUUCAGAGCCAGGCUCACAUUUUCUUUGCUUUUGGCCAGAGUCUGCUCCCUAACUCUCACACCGCUACCCUAACCCACCAAGUGCCUAUGCGCUGCCUCCUGUGCCUUGCCUAGGGCCUGAGGGAGUUACCUGGCUGGCUAUGGUGUUCCAGCACCUGGUCUCCUACCCCUUUUGUAGAGCUGUGGGGACAGGGGCAUUUACACCGCAGGCAGUUUGCAACAAAACUCCUGUUGCCAGGCUGCCCUCGGGAACUGUUCUCAUCCCGUGCAGCGCAGAGCUGCUGCCAGCCAGGGGCUGGUGGAGCUGACAGAACCACGUGACUGGAACUUCACCUUCCAUCCACUUACUGCCCCAGCAUGUUGCUUUACACUAGACAUGCUCAAGUGUGUUCAUACACACCAAAGCAGGUCAUGCCAAAAAAGAGUUGAAGGUCAGAGGGGUGGGGCUCUCCUCCCACCGUCUGAUGUAGUCUGGGACCCCUGGCCCAGGCCAGAACCUCCCACUGAGGACUGCCCUGUCCAUAAGCACUUUCUUAUAACCUAAAAAAGUCAGUGUGUGGGCACUGAAGGACCUGGAAUUAGGGGUGUGAAUGAUCACAGAAAGAGCACCGGAGGACACAGUGAUUGUAUGCUUGGAGUAGGGGUCUCUUGAGUUAAUGAAAUACAGUUUAUGGUUCGGUGCAUAUAUUCCUAUUUUUCAUUAAAUUAACUUUAUUUCUAAAGCGUAUUUUGAUUUACCAUCAAGAGCAAUAAAGCAUUAAAUCUUAUUUUAAA